AUGACUCGGAGAUGCAUGUGCCAGUGUUACACGUUGAACAUUUCCAUUGCGAUAGUUAAAUCUUGCAUGAACACUGGAGCGUUAUUCGAACACAAGCUUCAAACACCUUUCCAAUCUACUUCUCUUUCAGGCUGGGUAGCACAAUUUGUCACCAUCGCACUAAGCUCCUUUAUUCUUUCAGAAUGAGACAGUUGUUAUUGUACCAAGGAUCAAGUCAAUCGUUGGUACACCAGCAUAAAUUGUAAUAUGAGGCCACAUAAAGGUUCUAACGAAAAGAAUCUCUUUCGUUGUCAGUGUGCGGCUCUAUAAGUUAGUUCGUGAGGAAACCCUGUCUUGCUGUCAGACCACUCCACUACAGUAGGUAGGUAUGUACGGCUAUGCUUUUCUAUGAAGGAAAUAUUUUCCAUCUUCACUAUCUCUUGGUUGUUGAACAAUCCACACGGUCACAUCUGCGUGGCCCCUUUCCACAUUAUUUCUUGUAUCUUCCUUGAGUGGAAAGACACUCUGUUCCGCAAGGUGAUCCUGUGGACAGGUUUGAGUGCUGUUUGAUGCAGAUGUGUAAAGGUAUCGGCAAUUCCUUCAUCCCGACAUAAACAAGUAAUGAUCAAUAUACUGUACUUCGUUAACUUUCAGCUGUUCGCCAAAUUUCAGGAAGUCCGAAGAGUUUCUAACGAUGCUGAUCGUUCACAAUGCUUCGUUCGAACGAGGAUGAAGUUUUCACAUUGUAUGUGUUAUGCAAGAAAGUUCUACCCUGAGACCUUCACUUUUGAUUACGGAAGAUGGGGAACUGACUAUUGAUUAUGGAAAGUUUGGGAACUCAAUGUAACGCACUUGAACCUGUCGAAGAAAGACGAAGUGAUGAAAGCAUAUAUGCGGAGGCUAUCGAUGUAGUUCGGAGGUCAUGGAUACGACUCAUGUACGUCGAAACCUUCGAGAAUCAAAAAUCCAAGUGAAAGAUGUUGGAGUCAUGAGGUUUGGUUUCAUCAGGACAAUGACUUGUUUACGGACCUACUCUUGGAGUUACUUACACCACAAUAGAAUGAACGGUAUCUGUAGUCAGGCCUUAUACAGGCCCUCAGUGUUUGCUUGUCCUGCUCUACAGCUGCUCGUCUCUGGAUCGAAGAAUUUGUUUUUUGGAGAAUUGCAGCACUUACCUUGCAACUCAUGAAACUCUUUAAGCAAAGUCGGGGGCCGGAUGCUAAAGGUCUGGAGAGUGGAGCAAAUGAUGAAGAGACGAAUCUAAAUGAUCUUGUUGAAGAGUUUCUUCGGACUCGGAACGAUGGAAUCAAAUUACGCUGUACAGAAAUCAAAACAGGCCUAGCAAGGAUGCAAGACAGAAUGGAUUUGGUGUACCGAAGGGCUUUUCAAGAUACGAACACAAUUUCAAGCUCGGAUCAGGACAGAACAGAAGCUAAGUAUCCACUCUCCUACAACAUCACCGAGUCCGAACUAGAGCAGCACGUGGUUGAUUUUUUGGUUCACUUAUAACAUGAGUCGAUUGUAAUAUUGAGAAGAUUACGAAUUUGACAAGAAAUCAAGCUGGAGUGAUCGAUCGGCUAUUAAGCUGAAUCGACCCCUGGUGGGAAGCCGAACAGGACUGAACGUUUCAUGGGCGAUUCCUCUUUUAUAAGGAGACUACGCUGAAUGCAGCUAUUUGUUUCGAUCUUACAAAUGUCUCUCGGCAGUUAUGAUCGGUGCCGUUCUAGAUUCUUCUCCCUUCACUUGUAAGGAACGGUAUGUCAGGAGGAUCUCGAGAUGUGCAUGCCGAGCGCAGUGAGAUCAGUUUUCAGCUGCCGACCACCAGUGAAGCCGUUCGGUGAAAAACGAGGAAAUCGAAAAUGAUAGCUCAAAUCCAUGCCUUUGUACAGCUCGGCGUUAUUGUGAUCGUUGCUGUUCUUUCUUGCUGGUACCUUUUCUGGAGGAGGGUACGGAGGAGACCGAAACUGUUGUCGAUACACGUCAAGACUCCAGCUGAGAAGGAGGUUUGCAAAAUUCCCAAGCUCCAAUGCGAGACGGAUCUUGCAAGGUUGAGUGCAGAUGAGAUGCCUGGAGUGCCUGCAAAUGCAACUGAAAGUGUCCCUUCCGAGAUUAAUCCUCCCGUAAAAGGCGUGGAUUCUUCAGAAUCAGAAAGCUUUUCACUGAGGCCGGGAAACCUGCCUUCCGAUAACGAUUCUGGAAACUGCACACCGACAUUUUACAGAGGCACAAAGAAGCCCAUCGUUUGGGUUGAUUGUGAUGGUAUUUCAAAAUCCCCGACAUCGACAGUUUCUCAGGGCCACUCAAAGCAUUCAAUCCCUCCUUGUGACGUGGCCGGGCACGUCACUUCAAUUUUUUCUGCAGAGAGAACUUGGACCUGUGAACCUCAUUGCGAUUGGACCACGAGCUCCGAGUCCACAAGCAGCGGGCCCUCGAUGAACUCAUUGCAAACGAAACACGAGAGUAGAACUGCGGAAGGUGAAGUCGAUUCGGUGCCUUCCGGUGCCAUGCCCGGCCGAGCUGAGACAGAGGAAAGCGAAGAUCCUCCAGUUCCAGAGUUUCUGAAAUUCGGAGAUGGUCUAGACCAAGGCCCGUACGUCUAUCUCGAUGCACUAGUAGCUGUGGCUAGUUUCUCUUCAUUUCUUCUCUGACUGUCAGUGCCAAAAGAUUCCGGCCGUGCACUUCUCAUGUUGAGAUUGGAGUAUUCAAAGUGAACUAGCGAAGCCUCGAUGCCAACUCCUUCUGUCGAAUUUCAGCAUUAAUUCCUGUUGAGUCUAACUGCUCGUCGCCUUGCAUUGAAUACAUUAUCAAAUGUAGAUGGAUCUGAAGGUGAUCGAGGCGUUCAUGUCGAUCAUAUGUAUUUGGUUGGAGGGGGGCAAGUAAUUAGCAAGAAAUGGUUAGAGUUUAGGGCUGUGGAUAUAUUAUGAUUAGCUUUAAGCUGAAAUCACGAUCUGAAAUGCUUGUGUAGAGAAACUCAAGUUUGAAACAA